GAACCCAGUUCUUCUAACGAGAGGUCAUAUUGUUGGUGUUUCAGGUCACCACAAGCUCCGUCCUCAGAGUUGUCAUGUCUGGCCUAAUCUUGAACCCCAAGCCAUUCCUUGCUGGAUUGACUGGUAAAGCAGUUGUUGUGAAGCUCAAGUGGGGCAUGGAAUACGAAGGCUUCCUCGUGUCAGUCGAUUCGUACAUGAACCUGCAGCUCGCCAACACAGACGAAUACGUCAACGGCAACAAGACAGGACACCUCGGCGAAGUGCUCAUUCGAUGCAACAACGUGCUGUAUGUCCGCGGUGUCGAAGGCAAGUCGAAAGACCACCACCAAGACAUGGGUCCUUAAGAGGUUGUGUCCACGUCCAUUCGUCCUCGCCAUCGUUCCGCACACCACCCCUUAGUCCAUUUCCUAUAUUACCUCGUAAUCGACGACCAUUAUCAUCUUGCUA